CGCUUGGGUUGGCUUUCUCCGCCUUCCCUCCGCCCACUCGGGAAACCGGAACCGCCUCCCACUCGGCGGCUCCAACGCGGCUAGCGGGUCCUGGGUGGACGCCGGCUCGGCGCCGCGGUGCUGGGCGGGACGACGGCGGAAAGCGACCUCGGGGUUAAGGGGUGGGGCGCGACGUCAGAAGCCAAGAUGGCGGCGGUGGUCGGAGUCUCCUUGAAACGCCGGUUCCCGGUUGCAACCCUUGGCGGAGCCUGCCUGCAGGCCUGCCGGGGGGCACAGACAGCUGCCGCUGCAGCUCCCCGAAUCAAGAAAUUUGCCAUCUACCGAUGGGACCCAGACAAGACUGGAGAUAAACCUCAUAUGCAAACUUAUGAAAUUGAUUUGAAUAAAUGUGGUCCUAUGGUGUUGGAUGCUUUAAUCAAGAUUAAGAAUGAAAUUGAUUCUACCUUGACCUUCCGAAGAUCAUGCAGAGAAGGCAUCUGUGGCUCUUGUGCCAUGAACAUCAACGGAGGCAACACCCUGGCCUGCACCCGAAGGAUCGACACCAACCUCAACAAAGUCUCAAAAAUCUACCCUCUUCCGCAUAUGUAUGUGAUAAAGGAUCUUGUUCCCGACUUGAGCAACUUCUACGCUCAGUACAAAUCCAUUGAACCUUAUUUGAAGAAGAAGGAUGAAUCCCAGGAGGGCAAGCAGCAGUAUCUGCAGUCUAUAGAAGAUCGUGAGAAACUGGACGGGCUGUACGAGUGCAUCCUCUGUGCCUGCUGCAGCACCAGCUGCCCUAGCUACUGGUGGAACGGAGACAAAUACCUGGGGCCUGCGGUUCUUAUGCAGGCCUACCGCUGGAUGAUCGACUCGAGAGACGAUUUCACAGAGGAGCGCCUGGCCAAGCUGCAGGACCCGUUCUCCCUGUACCGCUGCCACACCAUCAUGAACUGCACCAGGACCUGCCCCAAGGGGCUGAAUCCAGGCAAAGCUAUUGCUGAAAUCAAGAAAAUGAUGGCCACCUAUAAGGGGAAGAAAGCAUCAGUGUAACUGUUCCCACGCCAAGCAUGACAGCCAGCUCAGCUGGACAUGCUUUAUAUCCAAUUCGAGUCCCUUCAGAGGUCUUGAUGUUCCAUGAAUACAGCAUGUAUAAUAAAAAUUUUAA